AAAAGAAAUUAAAAAAUAGAAGAAGAAUCAAUCGAAUAUUUUGUGAUAGUUUAUAAACUUGAUAUUUUAAAAAUGUUUCCAAUUCUUAAUUUUAAACAUUAGAAAUUAACUAGAAAACACAUAUUUAAAACCAAUUUUAGAAUUCAUUAAAAUGAAACCUGGCUGUUAUAUCUGUAUUAAUUUUAGUUUGUUAUCUGUAAUUUUAAGCAAUACAGAAGGUUCAUUAAAUAAAAAUUUGAAAUAUUUUGAAACAGUCCAUGCCGAUGAACUUAAUCAUAAAAUAGUUAAAAGAGGAUUAAAUGAAGGUACACACCCUUUUAACCACAUUAAAGAAGUUAAUCUGAGAACCCAUGGUAGGGACUUCAGGCUAAUUUUAUCACCAAAAAGGGAUAUUUUACAUUCUAAUUUUAAGGCAUAUGCAGUAGAUGGAGAUGGAAAGGAAACUACUGUUCAUAUUAACCAUGAUGAUUUUUAUCAUGGAAGGUUGUUUGGUGAAACAAAUUCUCAUGUUAAUGUGCAUAUGGAAGAUGGGGUAUUGACUGGUAGUAUCCAUUUACCAGAGGAAACAUACCAUGUUGAGCCCUCUUGGAGACAUUUACCUAAUGCAGAUAACCGUACAAUGAUUAUUUACAAACAAUCUGACAUCAAAUUUAGUUGGGAACCUGAAAAUUUACCUCCUGAUGCAUCAAGACCAAAAGUAUGUGAUUAUAUUAAAGAAGGUGCUGAACUGGAAGGAGAUGAUGAGGUAGAUGAAAUACAUGAAAGACAAAAGAGACAAAUUGAUCAGUAUGAGUAUACACCUACAAAAACUAGGUGUCCCUUACUGUUGGUGGCUGACUACAGGUUUUUUCAGGAAAUGGGGGGCAGUAAUACCAAGACUACAAUUAAUUAUUUGAUAAGUUUAAUAGAUCGUGUUCAUAAGAUCUAUAAUGACACCAGUUGGCAAGACAGACAAGAAGUAGAUGGUUUCAAAGGUAUGGGAUUUGUUAUCAAAAAAAUAGUAGUUCACAGUGAUCCCACAAGAAUUAAAUCUGGGGAAGCUCAUUACAAUAUGGUUAGAGAAAAAUGGGACGUUAGGAACUUGCUAGAGGCUUUCUCCAGAAAUCAAGAAAAUGUUAAUUUCUGUUUGGCACAUUUAUUUACACAUCAAACGUUUAGAAGUAGCAAUUCUGUUGUGCUCGGUUUGGCAUACAUUGCAUCUCCUAGACUGAAUACCCGAGGAGGCGUUUGUAGCAAGGAAUAUUUUAAAAAUGGAUACACGUUAUACUUGAAUUCUGGUCUGAGCUCUAGUAGAAAUCAUUAUGGACAAAGAGUGAUUACCAGAGAAGCAGAUUUAGUGACAGCUCACGAGUUUGGACACAACUGGGGUUCAGAACAUGAUCCCGAUAUUCCAGAAUGUUCUCCAAGUGCUAGUCAGGGCGGUUCCUAUCUCAUGUAUACCUAUAGUGUUAGCGGCUAUGAUGUCAAUAAUAAGAGAUUUUCACCUUGCAGCUUGAGAUCCAUCAGAAAAGUGUUACAGGCAAAAUCCGGAAGAUGCUUUUCAGAACCUGAAGAAAGCUUUUGUGGUAAUUUACGAGUCGAAGGUGAUGAAGAAUGCGAUGCAGGUCUUCUUGGUACAGAAGAUAAUGAUGUGUGUUGCGACAAAGAUUGUAAAUUGAGACCGAAAGCGAUGUGCAGUGAUAAAAACUCGCCAUGUUGUCAAAACUGUCAGUUCAUGCGAAACGGAGCUAAAUGUAGAGAUGCACAGUAUGCUACUUGCGAGCAAGAAUCUUUAUGUACUGGACAACAAGCGGAUUGCCCUAAAAGUCCUCCAAUGUCAGAUGGUACGGACUGCCAGGAGAGAGGCAAGUGUAAAAAUGGGAAAUGUAUACCUUUCUGUGAAACACAGGGUAUGCAAAGUUGCAUGUGCGAUAUAAUUGAAAAUGCAUGUAAGAGAUGCUGUAGAUCAAAUAUCAAUGAAACAUGUUCACCUGUGGAUUCUGCUGAUAUUUUAGCUGAUGGUACACCUUGUAUUCAAGGAUUUUGUAAUAACGGUCAUUGUGAAAAGACAGUGCAAGAUGUAGUUGAACGUUUCUGGGACAUAAUUGAAGAUAUCAACAUAAACAAAGUUCUCCUCUUCCUUCGUGACAAUAUCGUUGGUACUGUAGUUUUAGUUACUGCGUUAUUGUGGAUCCCAGCUAGCUGCAUCAUUAGUUAUUUCGAUAGAAAGAGAAGAAGAGAAGAACUCGAUAGAUGGGAAUGGAGACGCAAAACGGAUCUCAUUCAUCACAGUGACAAUAUUAAAAAAGUGAUACAUAUACGAAUGCCAAGACAAAGAAAUAUUCCAACAAAUCGGCCCAUAAUAUCAGAAUAGAAUUUUAUGUAGGAUAUAUGAGUGAGUGUUAACUCAAUCAAUGUCUGAACUAAAAUGUUAUAACUAUAUAUACCUAUACAGAUAUUAGAUGUUCGUUUUAUGAAAUCUAUAGUUUCCAUUAUUUGAAAUUCGUAUUUUAUGGAAAAUUUUUUGGUUUACGUUUGUCGAACGUUAGGUUACAACUCAAAUUUUAAAAUUGAUUGAACUAUAAGUAAUCAUUAAUUCCUCAAUCUUUGGAAUAAUAGUCCUUUUAUACGACGAUACUACACUUGCUUGCCCCUCCGCUUAUCUUCUUCUGUGUUGUCAAGAAAGUUUAAAUAACUCAUACUGUCGAAGUUUCCAUUCACAAGACAAGAGGGAGUUGAAUCGAUGGUGAUAGAAACACAGGAGCCAGUGAUGGUGUCUUCUACCUUUUUGUAGACAAAGGUUGCGAUGUAAAUGGUAGUUUUCUGUCGCUUGGUAUAUCUGGGGAAUUGAUUCAACUUGAUCUUCUGACGGCACCCUCGGUUUUAGAGCUAGUAGUGGUGUAUCGUUUUUUUAUAUUUUCUUUUAUUAACAUUUACAAGUUUUCGAAACAUUUAGCGCAGAGUUAGUGAACAUGUUAGUAAACCAAACUAUCGAUUUAUGUUCUUUCAAAUUAAUUAGUAAAUAAGUUACAUCCAAGGGAUGUUAGUAAAGUGUGUUCCUUUUUGAGAUUAAAAAGAACCAGUACAGACACAUUUAAUGCACGAAAAUCUAACACUCUCGACAGUUUUUCAGUCUUGUUGAAGUUUUUGUAUAGCUUCUUCUUAAAAUGUAGAUGCCUGUAUAUUCAACCGUGACAUAACAAGUUCUUUUGAGCUAAUAGUUGCUGCUGCACCUCUGGUGAUCAAGGAAACUACAUUAAAUGAAAAUUGAUAGGAACUCGAAGUUGUGAGGAGUAUGAUUAAAAACGAUACAGCUGAAGUCAUGUAGAAAACUUUCAGUUACAAUGAAAGCCUCGGAUAAGAACAAAACCACACUUUUUGUUAACCUUUCUCUCUUUAUUUGUGCAGCAAAAAAUUUAUUAAUAUAAAGCCUCUUCGAUCUCAAAGUGAACGAAGGGUGCCUGAGCUCAAAUCAACCUUAUGUCCUUCUGCUUCGUGAGAAACUGCCGCGCGUGGUCUGAAAUCCGCUCGUAGCGCUUCCGCGGAGAAUAAGGGAAACAGAACUUACUUCACGAAUGAACCUCGUAGUACAAUAAUAUGUUGGUAUGAUUAAAGCUAUUCAAAUAUGGACACUUUUUGGCUGAAUAUUGUAUUUAAUUAAGAUUAAAAUAUUUUUAUUGUUAAAUUUAUGUUGUACUUAAGCAUUUUAGGUAUUUGUAUAUAUAUUUUUUGUUUUGUAACUUUAAUUUGUAAAUAAAAUGUUUUGCUAAA